AUGGCGCUGGCCAAAGAAGAAUCUCUUGCAAAACUAAUUUUUAACUUCUCAGCUAACACACAGAAGGCAGGGAAAGCGAAACAGACUAAAGGAUACCUCGUGGGCAGAAGGAAAUUGCUAGAAGAGUACUGGACCAAAUUCAAUGAGGCUCACGACAUCAUCUCAUCAAUGGAUUCAACAGAAAUCAACGAGAAAGAUCUGCAAAGGCUUCUCUCGGAUGAGCGUUUUGCCGAAAUUGAAUCUGCGUACUGCGAAGCCCUUGGAGAUCUCAAUGAGAUAAUAGACGAGCUGUCUACAACUACACAUGAGCCGAUGUCUCAUUCAACUCCGACUCGUCUUGUCGUGAACGAAGGCAUCAGCACAGUUAAGUCGACGCUACCACCACUGCAACUACCCACUUUCGAUGGAUCGUUUGAAGAGUGGCUGAACUUUAAGGAUAUGUUCACCAGCUGUGUCAUCAAUGACAAAAUGCUGUCUGAUAUACAACGCUUACACUACCUUAACUGUAGUCUCCGUGGUAGUGCUACAAGUGUCCUCAAAAACAUUCGGGUUAGCGAGGAUAACUUUCAGACUGCAUGGGACAUCUUAAAAGGCCGCUAUGACAACAAGCGAAAAUUGAUUAAGCAUUACCUUUACGACAUUGUUAAUUUGCCAACCUUGGCGAACGAAUCACAUGUUGUCUUACGUCAAAUACUUGAUGGAAUUACUGAAGCUGUUCGUGCUCUACAGCAUCUAGGACGGCCAACAAACCAGUGGGACGACUGGCUGAUUCUACAUGUGACUCAAAAACUCGACCCUGUCACAAUCAAAGAUUGGGAAACGUCACUUGACAGUCCGAACUCCAUCCCCACCUACCUGCAGCUAGAAAAGUUUUUGAAAAACAAACUACAAGGCCUGGAUGCUAUGGCGGCAUGCUCUAGACCAAAACAAAAUGAGCCCAACCAACAAAAGGCAAUUAAGGCACAGCCAGUUCGAAGUCAUCAAGCAAAUGUCAAUCGGUGCCCUAAGUGUUCUGGUAAGCAUGUUCUAAUGUUUUGUUCUGAUUUCAGAAAAGCAACACCAGCACAGAGAAUGACAUUCGUGGCGAAAGCAAAAUUGUGCAAAAAUUGCCUUAAGGCUGAUCAUGCACAACAACAAUGUCGGUCAGACUACACCUGUUUAGUAUGUCACCAAAAUCAUCACACGAUGCUGCACAAUAGCAUUCAGUCUCAAGAACCCCUCGUCAACAUCAACACAAAUCAUCUGCGAACGAACUCCACUUGUAAUCCAGCUCACCCUGCAAAUUCAAGGUGUGAAAAUUCCGAUGGCGAAUCAUUGGUACAACUAGAACCGGUUCUGCUGGCCACAGCUCAAGUUGGAGUGCAAUCUGCCACUGGGCACAAACUUAAACUCCGAGCGCUUUUGGACAUCGGAUCGCAGGCUACGUUUAUUAGUGAGUAUGCGGUGCAACAACUUCACCUUCGACGAACCCGGCUAUUUAUGCCGGUGACUGGGGUAGGAGGCAUAAGUGUUGGAAAGUCAACAGGUCUGGUUGACAUCCCUGUGAGCUCUCUCAGAGACCCAGACUUUAAUAUUAACUGCAGAGCUUUAAUUUUGCCACGUUUGGGUCCUCUUAUGCCCACUCUUCGUCUUGAUACUAAAGGGCUUGGUGAAUUUAUGGAUUUGGAGCUGGCCGAUCCAGACUUUUGCGAACCGGGAUCUAUAGACGUAAUUCUGGGAGCCGAUGUUUAUGGCUCUCUCCUAUAUGGUGAAAUUUUGCAAUCGUCUGCUGGUGCACCUGUUGCACAACACACCCAUCUAGGAUGGAUAAUCUUCGGGCGCUUACCCGAGUCUACAACUAGAACGCUCUCAACAAACUUUUGUGCAUUUUCACAGUCUGAGCUAGCAGAUUUGGUUCAGUCUAUGUGGAAAUUUAAUGAGAACGAAGACGUGGAAUCUUCUUCUAAGAUGACACAAGAUGAACUCUACUGCGAAGAAUUCUUUAGGCAAACGGUACAACGGACCUGUUCUGGACGCUAUGUCAUCAAGUACCCGUUUAAGAAUUCCAUCGACCAAACAACCUUGGCGGAUUCGAAAGAAGAUGCCUACAAGCUCUUUCACCAUCAACUCAAUCGCCUAGAGAAGGACCCAAAAAUGAAGACGAUGUAUGAUGAAUUCAUGUCCGAAUAUCUAGAACUCGGGCAUAUGGAACUUGUUCAUGAAGUCUCAUCUCAACCGACUUGCUACAUUCCCCGCCAUGGCGUAUACAAGGAGUCCAGUUCGACAACGAAAUUGAGAAUUGUCUUCAACGCAUCCAGGAAGUAUAAAUCAGGUAAAACACUAAAUGAUUGUCUUCAUGUAGGUCCCAAACUGCAGAGUGAAUUGUCGGCGAUUAUCCUGAAAUGGCGUACUCAUCGAAUUGGAUUUAUGGCAGAUAUUGAGAAAUGCUAUAGACAAAUACUGGUGCAAAGAGACGAUGCGGAUAUGCAGAGAAUCAUAUGGAAAGAUGAAGAAGGACGACCAGCUGUCUACAGAUUGCUUACUGUCACUUAUGGUUUAAACUGCUCUCCGUAUGUCACCAUCAAAGUUCUCCAUACUCUGGCCAACGAUGAAGAGGCUAAUUUUCCUCAAGCUGCUAAGGUACUUCGUGAGUCAUUUUAUAUGGAUGACUGUCUCCACGGUGCCGACUCUGUUGAGGCAGCUCAACAAUUACAGCUGGAACUGCAGAACUUACUACAACGGGGAGGUUUCCUGCUCCGAAAAUGGAACUCAAAUUCUACCGAGUUUCUACAAGGAAUAAGCGUAUACGAUAAGUUGAGUGAACAGUGUUGCGAUCUUAAUUUGGACCGUGAAACCAAGGCGCUUGGGAUCUAUUGGUUUUGUCAAACUGACUGCAUUGGUUACAAAGUGAACGUCACGAAACUCUCAACACCAAUCACCAAACGCCAACAGCUCUCCGAUGUGGCCAAAAUCUAUGAUCCAACUUGUCUACUGGCUCCAGUCGUGAUUACAGGGAAAAUUAUGUCACAACAACUUUGGCUUUCUGGUAUAUCUUGGGAUGAUCCACUUCCAGAACCUCAUCAAAAGAACUGGAUCCAAUUUCGAGAAGAGCUUCCAUUGAUAGAGAACAUCAAGGUUUCAACUACAUGUUUUUUCCGAUGCUUCUACUUCUGCUUAUGCUGCUGUCUCUUACCUGCGAGUGAAAACAUCUGA